AUGCAGUCGCACAUUUCCCCAAGCAGAAAAAUUAUCACCAUUCCACUAUCAACGUACGACGCCGCUCCCCUUUUGCACACUUACGACGAUAGUCCGCAUCGUUGGGCUAACGGUACAAGCAACGGGCAUCAGGCAGGCGUCAUCAUAGAUCAGUUUCGGGGCGCCAAAGCGAUCACCAUUGAGGGAGGCACCAGUACCGGUGACACGACGAGCAUCGGCGGCGGCGUCAACGAUUUGCGACUGGUAAUAACGGCCCAACAAAACGAUAUCAUCGAGCGCAAUUACGAUCAAUUGACCAAUCGAGGCGGUGGAGGCGGAGGCGGCGGCGCCGUUUUAGGCGUCACCAGCAGUAGCGGCACCGGCACCGGAGGCCAAACACCACCGACACCACAAUCGACAACAUCAUCGACAACGGCGACGCCAACUACGCUUGGAGGACAAAAAACCCUGCUGAACACCAGUCCCAAUCUAUUGCCGAUCACCACCGCAACCGAUACUUUCAACAAUUUAAAGAAUUUGGUGAAGAUCGAUAAGGGUUCAUCGCCUGCAUCGAAUCACAGCGGCGGCGGAAAUUAUCGUGCCAAUAAAUCGGUUGGCAACAGCGGUAAUCGUUCCGUAGGAUCUGUCGGAAGUGGCGCAUCAUCGGGAGUUGGUGCAGUUGGUUCAGUUGGUGGCCCAAGCGGACACUAUUCCAGUGGCUAUAAUAAAAAUUCCGUCAAAAUUCGUCAACACGAUUCUGAGCUAAGCCCAAGGCCUCGACGAUCAUACCAAAACGAUUCGUCGUCGUCGCGUUACUAUAACAAAAAUAGUGACAUUUUGGGUGGUGCGAACGGUAACAACAACGGCUUGAACGGCGGUCAGUCGACGCUUGGCAACGGCAACGCUGAUAGCAACUCUUAUAACGGAGGUGGAGUCCAUCGUGGUAGUCGGAAUAGCUAUCACAACAACUCCGAUGGCGGCAGCAGCUAUAAUAAUCGCAAUAUAAGCUCAAAUUCGAGCGGCAGCAACUAUCGCUCCCAUCACAACAACAACGGCAGCUCACGCUACGAGACGGUCAAUGGCAAUGGCAACAGUAGCGGACAGCAGCAACGUCACUACGGCACCAGCAACUCAUCGACGUCUGGAGGGAGCCUCAAUAACAGCAGCAACAUCAACGGCAACGGCAAUCCAAACAAAUCAAGUUACGCAUCUCAACGCACCGGGAAUAAUGAUGGUCAUAGCUUGAGUGGUCGCUAUCGCGACGAUUAUAUCAGCAGCAGGGACAGCAGAGACAACUAUCGGGAUAGCAGGGAUAGCUACGCCGACGAAUCGCCCGCUCAUCAGCGAUACAACAAUAACAGUGGCGGCAGCGGCGGUGGCAUUGGAGGUGGCAGUCUAGAACGCAACGGCGGGCAUUCGGGAAUUGGCAGCAAUCGAUAUAAUAAUAAUCGCAGCAACAACGAUUCGCUGUCAUCGUCUGGUAGCCGAAACUCCGAUGAGCGUUACGAGCGUGGCCAAAGCCUGAGGCAUAAUAAUAAUAGUGGUAUCAACAACAGCCAGUCGGCAUCUUUGAAUCACUCGUCAGCAUCAGCAGGAGGAGGUCAGCAGAAUCAAUACCAGCAGCAUCAGCAGCGACAGGAACAACAAGUUCCAGUUAAAUCGGUAACGCCACCACCAGUGGCAACAGCAGCAGCAGCGGCACAGCAACCGAUAACUGGACGCUGGAUACCACCAUCGUUGCGUCCACAGCAUGGACUCACGCAAAGCGAGAAGAAUGAUGCAAGCUAA